UCCGUGGAAACUUCCCCGGCCUCGAGCAGAGCGCGAGGGGGCGGCGGGGCGGCGGUUCCCCUCGCGGAGGCAGAGAACUGCGCGCGCGAGGCUCGGGGCGCGCGGCGAGCGCGGCGGCCGCCGCCUCCUCCCCACCCCGCCUCUGCCGGCGCUGCCUCCUCCCUCCGCCCGGCUCGGCCUCCCUCGCUCCCUCCCCUCGUGGCUGGCUCCGGCGGCGGCGGCGGCGGCGGCGGCGGCGCGGCGGGGAGGGCGUGCGCCGGCCGAGAGGUGUCGGUGGUGAGGGAAGGGAAGUUUCAAGUGGAAGGUCGUCCGCCGGCCGGCGCGUCCUCCCGCUCUCCUCCGGCAGCAUCAUGGCGGAGCCAAGCGGCUCGCCCGUGCACGUCCAGCAGCCCCAGCAGAUAGCCCCGGUGACGGCGGCGGCGGCCCCCGCGGCCGCGACAGCAGCGGCGGCCCCGGCAGCGCCCGCGGCCCCGGCUCCGGCUCCGGCUCCGGCCCCGGCCCCGGCGGCGCAGGCCGUCGGCUGGCCCAUCUGCAGGGACGCGUACGAACUGCAGGAGGUUAUCGGCAGCGGCGCUACGGCCGUAGUCCAGGCCGCUCUCUGCAAGCCCCGGCAAGAACGCGUAGCAAUAAAGCGCAUCAACUUGGAAAAAUGCCAGACCAGUAUGGAUGAACUAUUAAAGGAAAUUCAAGCCAUGAGUCAGUGCAGCCAUCCCAAUGUAGUGACCUAUUACACCUCUUUUGUGGUAAAAGAUGAACUUUGGCUGGUCAUGAAAUUACUAAGUGGAGGUUCAAUGUUGGAUAUCAUAAAAUACAUCGUCAACCGAGGGGAACACAAGAAUGGAGUACUGGAAGAGGCAAUAAUAGCAACAAUUCUUAAAGAGGUUUUGGAAGGCUUAGACUAUCUGCACAGAAAUGGUCAGAUUCACAGGGAUUUGAAAGCUGGUAAUAUUCUUCUGGGUGAGGAUGGUUCAGUACAAAUAGCAGAUUUUGGGGUAAGUGCAUUCUUAGCAACAGGGGGUGAUGUUACCCGGAAUAAAGUAAGAAAAACAUUUGUUGGUACUCCGUGUUGGAUGGCCCCUGAAGUCAUGGAACAGGUGAGAGGCUAUGACUUCAAGGCUGACAUGUGGAGUUUUGGGAUAACUGCCAUUGAAUUAGCAACAGGAGCAGCGCCUUAUCACAAAUACCCUCCUAUGAAAGUGUUAAUGUUGACUUUGCAAAACGAUCCACCCACUUUAGAAACAGGAAUAGAGGAUAAGGAAAUGAUGAAAAAGUACGGCAAGUCCUUUAGGAAAUUACUCUCCCUGUGUCUUCAGAAAGAUCCUUCUAAAAGGCCCACAGCUGCAGAACUUUUAAAAUGCAAAUUCUUCCAGAAAGCCAAGAACAGAGAGUACCUAAUUGAGAAGCUGCUUACAAGAACCCCAGACAUAGCCCAAAGAGCCAAAAAGGUGAGAAGAGUUCCUGGGUCAAGCGGUCACCUUCAUAAAACCGAGGACGGUGACUGGGAGUGGAGUGACGACGAGAUGGAUGAGAAAAGCGAAGAAGGGAAGGCAGCUUUUUCUCAAGAAAAGUCACGAAGAGUAAAAGAAGAAAACCCAGAGAUGGCGGUGAAUGCCAGCCGUAUACCCGAGCAGAUACAGUCCCUCUCUGUGCAGGACUCUCAGGGCCUACCCAAUGCUAGCGAAGACUAUAGAGAAGCUUCUUGUGCUGUGAACCUCGUUUUAAGAUUAAGAAACUCCAGAAAGGAACUUAAUGACAUACGAUUUGAGUUUACUCCAGGAAGAGAUACGGCAGAUGGCGUAUCUCAGGAGCUCUUCUCUGCUGGCUUGGUUGAUGGUCAUGAUGUAGUUAUAGUGGCUGCUAAUUUACAGAAGAUUGUAGAUGAUCCCAAAGCUUUAAAAACCUUGACAUUUAAGUUGAUGUUGAACCAACCUUGCAGCCCAGGAAUAAAUCCCACUUGGUCCUGGUGAAUAAUCCUUUUAAUGUCCUAUCGGAUCCUACUAGUAUUUUGGUGAGAAUUUUUGCAUUCAUGUUCAUCAGGGAUAUUGGUCUGUAAUUCUCCUUUUUGAUGGGGUCUUUGUCUGGUUUUGGGAUCAAGGUAAUGCUGGCCUCAUAAAAUGAGUUUGGAAGUUUUCCUUCCAUUUCUAUUUUUUGGAACAAUUUCAGAAGAAUAGGUAUUAAUUCUUCUUUAAAUGAUUGGUACUGUUCUUUUAGUUUCUAUUUCAUUGAUUUCCGCUCUGAUCUUUAUAUUUCUCUUCUCCUGCUGGGUUUAGGCUUUAUUUGCUGUUCUUUCUCCAGCUCCUUUAGGUGUAGGGUUAGGUUGUGUAUUUGAGACCUUUCUUGUUUCUUGAGAAAGGCUUGUAUUGCUAUAUACUUUCCUCUUAGGACUGCCUUUGCUGCAUCCCAAAGAUUUGGAACAGUUGUGUUUUCAUUUUCAUUGGUUCCCAUGAAUUUUUUAAAUUCUUCUUUAAUUUCCUGGUUGACCCAUUCAUUCUUUAGUAGGAUGCUCUUUAGCCUCCAUGUAUUUGAGUUCUUUCCAACUUUCCUCUUGUGAUUGAGUUCUAGUUUCAUAGCACUGUGGUCUGAAAAUAUGCAGGGAAUGAUCGCAAUCUUUUGGUCCCAGUUGAGACCUGGCUGUGACCUAGGAUGUCAUUUAUUCUGUAGAAUGUUCCAUGGGCACUAGAGAAGAAUGUGUAUUCUGUUUCUUUUGAUGGAAUGUUCUGAAUAUAUCUGUGAAGCCCAUCUGGUCCAGUAAUUGGCUGCUCCCCUGUUAGCGGUAUAGAUAUUUACAAUUGUUAGAUCUUCUUGUUGGAUAGACCCUUUAAGUAGGAUAUAGUGUCCUUCCUCAUCUCUUAUUAUAGUCUUUGGUUUAAAAUCUAAUUUGUCUGGGGGCGCCUGGGUGGCUCAGUCAGUUAAGCGGCUGCCUUCAGCUCAGGUCAUGAUGCUGAGGUCCUGGGAUCGAGCCCCACGUCCGACUCCCUGCUCAGCAGAGAUCCUGCUUCUCCCUCUCCCUCUGCCUGCCACUCUGCCUACUUGUGCUAUCUCUCUGUCAAAUAAAUAAAUGAAAUCUUUAAAAAAAAUCUAAUUUGUCUGAUAUAAGGAUUGCCACCCCAGCUUUCUUUUGGUGUCCAUUAGCAUGGUAAAUGGUUUUCCACCCCCUCUCUUUCAAUCUGGAGGUGUCUUUGGGUCUAAAAUGUGUCUCUGGCAAGCAGCAUAUCAAUGGGCCUUGUUUUUUUAUCCAAUCUGAUACCCUGUGUCUUUUGACUGGGGCAUUUAGCCCAUUUACAUUCAGGGUAACUAUUGAAAGAUACGAAUUUAGUGCCAUUGUAUUUCCUAAGGUAAGGUGACUGUUACUGUGUAUUGUCUCUAUUCCUUUCUGGUCUGUGUUACUUUUAUGCUCUCUCUUUGCUUAGAGGACCCCUUUCAAUAUUUCUUAUAGGGCUGGUUUGGUAUUUGCAAAUUCUUUUAGUUUUUGUUUGUCCUGGUAGCUUUUUAUCUCUUCUUCUAUUUUCAAUGACAGCCUCGGUGGAUAUAGUAUUCUUGGCUGCAUAUUUUUCUUGUUUAGUGCUCUGAAUAUAUCAUGCCAGUCCUUUCUGGCUUGCCAGGUCUCUGUGGAUAGGUCUGCUGCCAGUCUAAUGUUUCUACCAUUGUAGGUUACAGACCUCUUGUCCUGAGCUGCUUUGAGGAUUUUCUCUUUGUCUAUGAGACUCGUAAGUUUUACUAUUAGAUGUCGGGGUGUUGACCUAUUUUUAUUGAUUUUGAGGGGGCUUCUCUGUGCCUCCUGGAAUUUGAUGCCUGUUUCUUUCCCCAAAUUAGGGAAGGUCUCUGCUAUAAUUUGCUCCCAUAUACCUUCUGCCCCCCCUUUCUUCUUCUGGGAUCUCAAUUAUUCUAAUAUUGUUUCAUCUUAUCGUAUCACUUAUCUCUCGAAUUCUGCCCUCGUGAUCCAGGAGUUGUUUAUCUCUCUUUUUCUCAUCUUCUUUAUUCUCCAUCAUUUGGUCUUCUAUAUCACUAAUUUUCUCUUCUGCCUCAUUUAUCCUAGCAGUUAGAGCCUCCAUUUUUGAUUGCACCUCAUUAACAGCCUUUUUGAUUUCGACUUGGUUAGAUUUUAGUACUUUUAUUUCUCCAGAAAGGGUUUCUCUAAUAACUUCCAUGCUUUUUUCAAGCCCAGCUAGUAUCUUUGUAAUCGUCAUUCUGAACUCUAGUUCCGACAUCUUACUAAUGUCCAUAUUGAUUAGGUCCCUGGCAGUCAGUACUGAGGUGAGUUUUUCCGUCUUGUCAUUUUGUCCAGAGGAGAAUAGAUGAAUGAGAGAACAAAAUGCUAACAACGGCCCCAGAAAAAUAUACACUAAACAAAUCAGAAGAGACCUGAAACCGGGGGGGAAAGAAAGGGAAAGAAAGAAAAAAAGAAAAAGAAUAUGGUCAAAUAUGAUCAGGCUGGUGAAUAGAUCAGUGCCACACACUAGAUUUUGGGAGUAUUUUGGUCUGUUAGAAGAAAGUGCCUCCCAAAAUUUUAACGAAAGAAGAAUUUAUAUAUGUACAAAACUAAGGGUAAAUAUGAUGAAGGGAUAGACAAUGACUGUAAAGAUGAAAAUUAUAAAAGAUUUUAUAAAAGGAAUUAAGAUAAGAAGUUAGUUGAAAAAAGAAAGAAGAGAAAUUAAAAAAGGGAGAGAAUGUGAUCAGGCAGGAGACUAGAACAAAGCCAUACACUAGAAAUUCAGGGUGUAUUUUGGUCUGUUAGAAGAAAUUAUCCCAAAAUUUUAAAGAGAGAACAACUUAUAUAUAUACAAAAAAUAAGGUUAACUACAAUGAAGGGAUAGAAUAUGACUCUUCCAGAAAGUGGUCGCUUUUCUGUUCAGAGAGUUGCUGCUAUUCUUUUCUUCGAUCUCCUGUUGAGUUUGUAGGUGUUCAGAAUGGUUUGAUACCUACAUAGCUGAAUUCCUGGGACCAGAUGAAAUUUUAUUCUACUCUUCUGCCAUCUUGCUCCUCCUCGCAUUAUUUGUUUUUUGCAUGUUGAGUUUCAUAAGGUUUAUAUAUAUAUAACCUUUAUAUAUAUAUAUAACUUUAUAUAUAUAUAUAAGGUUUAUAUAUAUAUAUAUUCUAGAUACUAAUCCUUUAUUGGAUAUAUCAUUUGCAAAUAUCCCCAUUCAGUAAGUUGCCUUUUAAGUUUUGUUGAUAGAUUAUUUUUGCUUUUAUUUCUCAGAAAACAGAUCUAGAAAAAAGUUGCUGUGGCUGAUUUCAAAGAGGUUACUGCCUGUGUUCUCUUCUAGGAUAUUUGUGGUUUCAGGUCUCACAUCUAGGUAUUUAAUCCACUUCAAAUUUUUGUGUAUGGUGUAAGAAAGUGGUCCAUUUUCUUUUACAUGUGGCUGUCCAGUUUUCUCCACACCAUUUGUUGAAGAGACUUUUUCCCAUUGGAUAUUCUUUCAGGCUUUGUUGAAGAUAAAUUGACCAUAUACUUGUGGGUUUAUUUCUGGGUUUUCUCUUCGGUUCCAUUGAGAUCUAUUCUUUUUUAAAGAUGUUAUUUAUUUGAGAGGGAGAGAAAAUCUUAAGCAGACUCCAUGCUGAAUGCAGAGCCCAACUCGGGGCUCGAUUCUACAACCACAAGAUCAUGACCUGAGCUGAAACCAAGGGACAGAGGUUUAACUGACCAAGCCAUCCAGGCGCCCCUACAUGUCUGUUUUUGUGCCAGUACCAUACUGUUUUGAUUACUACAGCUUUGUAAUUUAAAGUCCAGAAUUGUGAUGCUUCUAGCUUUGCUUUUUCAAGCUUGCUUUGGCUAUUCAGGGUCUUUUGUGGUUCCACACAAAUUUUUAGGACUUUUUGUCCUAAUUCUGUGAAAAAUACCACUGGUAUUUUUAUAGGGAUCGCAUUAAAUGUGUAGAUUGCUUUGGGUUGUAUAGACAUUUUAACAGUAUCUGGACUUCCAGUCCAUAAGCAUGGCACUUUUUUCCCAUUCUUUGUGUCGUCUUCAGUUUCUUUCAUCAGUAUUUUAUUCCUUGGUGUCUUAGUUUUGGUGCAGUUAUAAAUGGGAUUUUUUUUUUGUCAGUUUCUCUUUCUGCUGCUUCAUUUUUGGUGUAUAGGAAUGCCACAGAUUUCUGUACAUUUUGUAUCUUGCAACUUUACUGAAUUUACCAGUUCUAGCAGGUUUUUUGUGGAGUCUUUUGGGUUUUCUAUAUAUACUGUCAAGUCAUCUGCAAAUAAUGAAAGUUUUCCUUAUCCAUCGAUUUGGAUGCCUUUUAUUUCUUUUUGUUGUCUGAUAGCUGUGGCUAGGACUUUCAGUAUUAUGUUGAAUAAAAAUGGUGAGAGUGGACAUCCUUGUCUUGUUCAUGACCUUAGGGGAAAAGCUUUGUUUUUAAAAGAUGUUAGCUGUUGGUUUUUCCACAGAUGGCCUUUAUUAUGUUAAGGCAUGUUCCCUUUGUUGAGGGCUUUUAUUAUAAAUGGAUGUUGUACUUUGUCAAGUGCUUUUUCUGUGUCCAUUGAAAUGAUCAUAUGGUUUUUUCCUUUCUCUUAUUGAUGUGCUCUAUCACAUUGAUUUAUGAAUAUUGAACCACUCUUGCAUCCUAGGAAUAAAUCCCACUUGAUCAUGGUGAAUGCUUUUUUAAAAAAGCAUAAGCUUUUGAAGUCCGUGAUGAUUUUUAAGAGUACAAGAAGUCUGAGAACUGCUGUUUUAAGGGCCUCGAGUCCCUUUGCUCUAGAACCCAGAAUCAUUUGCAUAUUGCCCUCAGUGUUUUGCAGGCCACAGUGAGCGAGACAAGGCCUCAGCCUUGGUUGAGAGUCAGCAGGGUAGUAGGGGAAGAAGACCUGAGUGCCUGAAUGAAAGCCAGACAACCUGGCCUGUGCCUCUGCCAGGAAACCAAAUGUUCCAGUGUAGCCACAGGAGGCACUGGGACAGAGGGUGAGAGAUGGACUCCCUGGGUGCUGUACCCACAAUAAGCACUGGUUUGAUCACCCACUUGCAUUGUCAAUUCUCAUUUCCAUUACUCUCCACAAGAGGGAUUUCAGAUUUUUUCUUUUAACCACUAUUGGAUAUUUUGUUUUUAUUUCUAGUCAUUUCAACCUCCUGCUCUUCCCAUUGCCAAAUUUCUGAUGUAUCUUUGACAUGCACUGAUGUGCUUCCCAUUGGCUAGUGCCUCCUUGUCACUGCCAGUGGCCAUCCUUUCUCCUGCGGUGUUUGUCAUUUGCCUAUUAAUUACACACAUUGUGUCUGCCCCCAUUCACUGCAUUAAGUAAAUGAUGUUAGCAGUAGCGGGGAAGAAAGAAAGGUUUUGGGAGAUUCACAAACAGUGGUUGUGGAACAAGAAAACUGGUGGUGGGUAGGGGGUGAGUAUCACAGUAUUUGUAUACUGUGGGAAAAUAUCUUAGCUAAAAAGCCUUCUGUGCCUAUAUCACUUUGUUAAAAGUGAUAGGGAAAGGAACGUUUCUGAUCUUACGGUCCCUGACAACACACAUAGUGAAAAUUGCACUUUACUGAAUAUCUUGUCAAGUAAAACUAGAGAAAUCAUUGGACAGGGACAAAGUAAAUUUUUAAAAUGCCUACUAAUAUUUCUACCCUUUAGGCUAUUGAUUUUCUUAUGUAAGCAUAAGUACUGACACCAUUAUUUGAAAGAUAAUUACUUAAAAAUACUCAAGUUAUAUAUUCUAAGUAGCUGCUUAUUGUAAGGGAGAAUGUUGGGGUUGACAAAGGACUGAGUUUAUGCACUGGUUUUUGGAGCGGUGCAAAGCAGGUUCAUUGGGAUGAUUGGAAAGGGCGUUUUUUACAUGGGAAACUAAUUGGCUUGACAAUAAUUUUGCAGGAAUUAGGCCAAGAAAAGAUUUGUAUGGUCCCUUGGUGAUUAAUUGCCCAUCCCCAGUCAUUUAUCAAACUUUUUUCUCCCCACUUGUACUUACCUCAUGUCUGAUUCUGGUUUAUGCACUCUGAAGAUGCAGCCUGGAAUGGCGAUCUGAGUACUGUGUGUGUGAGAGAGGGAGGGAGGUAAAAAAAAAAAAAUCAAACUUUUGAAUGAGGACAAGUGAGAGGUUUAAUGAGCAAUGACUUGUUUCCAGUUCCUUUUAAUUUUGAAGAAAAAUCAAAGAAUUUGACACACUAUAAUUUGGGCCAAUUUUAGGCAAUAAAUGUCCUAAAAUAUUACAAACAAAAUUCUGUUACGGAAAAAUAAGUUAUCUAGCAUGAGCCCUUCUGCUACUUGGUAACCACUUUUUUUCUGGCCAGUUUUAUAGAGAAUGACCUUUGGUAAAAACCACAUUACCCUCAGUGACUGUUAAAUUGUUUUUGCUCAUUUUCAUAUUUUUUUUUAAUAACCGAAAAUUUGUACAUCUUAAUUCCCUUCACAUAUUUUGCCCUUCCCCCCAAACCCCCCUCCUGUCAACCACCAGUUUGUUCUCUGUAUUUAAGAGUCUGUUUCAUUGCUGUUCAUUUGUUUUGUGUUUUAGAUAUCACAUAAAUGAAAUCCUAUAUUGGUCCUUCUCUGGCUAACUUAUCUCACUUACCAUAAUGUAUUAUUCCUUUUUAUGGAUGAGUAAUAUUGCACUGUAUAUAUUUUCCACAUCUUUAUCCAUUUAUCUGUAGAUGGACACUUAGGUUGGCUUGAUAGAUAUCUUGGUUACUGUAAAUAAUGCUGCAGUAAACAUAGGUACGCAUAUAUCCUUUCAAGUGUUUUCAUUUUCCUUGGGUAAAUCCGUAGUAGUAGAACUACCAGAUCCUAUGGUAUUUCUAUUCUUAGUUUGAGGAACCUCCAAACUCUUUUCCACAGUGGUUGUACCAGCUUGCAUUCCCCCAACAGUGCACAAAGGUUACCUUCUCUUGAUAUCCUUGCCAACAUUUAUUAUUUCUUGUCUUUUGAUACUAGCCAAUUCUGACAGGUGUGAGGUGUAAUAUCUUAUUUGGUUUUGAUUUACAUUUCCCUGAGUAGUGACACUGAACAUCUUUUCAUGCGUAUGUUGGCCAUCUGUAUGUCGUCUUUGGAAAAAUGUCUGUUCAGGUCCUUUGCCCAUUUUUUAUUGGGCUGUGUGGGGAGUUUUGUUGUUAUUGAGUUGUGAGAGUCAUAUUUUGGAUUAUUGACCUUUUAUCAGAUACAGAAUUUGCAAAUAUCUUCUCCAAUUCACCAGGGUGCUUUUUUUCAUUUUGGUGAUGAUUUCUUUUGCUAUGCAAAAGCUUUUUAUUUUGGUGUAGUUCCAAUAGUUUAUGUUUGCUUUGUUUCCCUUACCCGAGGAGAUAGAUCCAGAAAACUGUUGCUGAGGUUGAUGUCUUAGAAAUUACUGCCUGUGUUUUUUUUUUAUAGGAUUUUGGUGGUUUUAGGUCUUCAAUUCACUUGGAGUUUAUUUUUUGCGUAUGUUAUAAGAAAGUGGCCUAGUUUCAUUCUUUGCCUGUGGCUGUCCAGUUUUCCCAGCACCAUUGAAGAGACCAUCUUUUCCUCAUUGUAUACUCUCGCCUCCUUUGUUGUAAAUUAAUUGACCAUAUAGGUAUGGAUGUGUUUCUGGGCUCGCUCUCAUGUUCCAUUGAUCUGUGUGUCUGUUUUUGUGCCAGUACCAUAUUAUUUUGAUUACUAUAGCUUUGAAGUAUAUCUUGAAAUCUGGGAUUGUGAUACCUCCCUGCUUUGUUGUUCUUAAGAUUGCUUUGAAGUCUUUUGUGGUUCCAUACCAACUAUGAUUAU